AUGAGUGCAGCCGAGGCUCGCCAGCGCAAGCCUCUCCCCCGCCAGGACACGAGUGAGCUUCAAAAACACUCCACGAAACCACCCGUCGAGCCACGCCUCAAACAUGGCAUCCCGAUGCAAAUCGCCCGCUCCCUGGCCAUGGCCGCCUGGUUCGACUGCUGUUGCGUCGUCAUCUUCGUCACCCAGCUCGUCGGUGCCCCACUGUACCUAAUCAACAAGGACUGGUACUACACGUACAUGGCAUAUACAAAACAGAACUUUGGCCUGGUGAUCACUACGCUCACGGAGUAUGGAUGUCCAACACUCUUCCGCGUUAGUGGAGACGAGAGCGUCCGGGGCCAGUUGCAUCUGUCCGAGGAUGGCAUGCUGCAGACCCAGUUCCCGGAGCGCAUGGUCUUGAUCGCCAACCACCAGGUCUAUACCGAUUGGGUGUAUCUGUGGUGGAUUGCCUACACGAAUGUCAUGCACGGUCGUAUAUUUAUCAUCUUGAAAGAGUCACUCAAGUAUAUCCCCGUCAUGGGCCAGGGUAUGAUGUUCUAUGGGUUUAUUUUCAUGGCUCGGAAAUGGCAGUCUGAUAAGCCCCGGCUUCAACAUCGGUUAGAAAAGUUGAAGACGAGGCUUUCGGGCUCCAAGUCGGGCAAGUCGCAGUUUGACCCGAUGUGGCUGUUGAUCUUUCCCGAGGGGACGAACUUAUCACUCAAUACCAAGCGACGGAGUGAUGAGUUUGGACUGAAGCAGGGUUAUCCGUCGUUCAAGCAUAUGAUUCUGCCUCGCUCGACGGGUCUGUUCUUCUGUCUGCAGCAAUUACGGGGAACCGUGGAAUAUGUGUACGACAGCACGAUUGCCUACGAGGGCCCACCAAAGGGCAGCUAUCCCGAUAAAUACUUUACUCUCCGCUCCACAUACGUCCGAGGCCGACCACCAACCUCAGUCAACAUGCACUGGAGACGCUUCGCCGUCGCCGACAUCCCCCUCGACGACCAGAAAGAAUUCGACGAAUGGCUUCGCGCUCGCUGGGCCGAGAAAGACGAGCUCAUGGAUCACUACUUUGAAACUGGGCGAUUCCCCUCCGAGCUGGCCGGCUCUAUCGAGGCGAAGAAUGCUACCGAGGAGCAGAAAGUGGCCAUCUCUGGUGGUUAUGUAGAGUCCUAUGUCCGAUUGCACCACUGGGUUGAGCUUAUCCAGAUUUUCAUUGUUUUGCUUGGUCUUGCAUUCCUUUGCAGAUUUGUUUGUACGUGGUCUCGGUAG